AUGCACUUUGGCUUCAUCUGCUUUGUGUGUCCUGCAGGUGAGGCUCUGCGGUGUUAUACCUGUAUGGGCUCCAAUAACGACAACUGCAACCGGCAGGGCUCCAAAUCUUGUCCCAGCUACUCUGAUGCCUGCGCUGUGGUGGUGGGCCAUGACAGUGGAGUCAUGAAGUCGUGCUCCUACAAGUCUUUCUGCAGUCAGGCCAGCAGCCAAGGCUACAGAGCCCCGGGGGUCAGAGUUCACUGCUGCUACGGAGAUGACUGCAAUGUGAACAGCGUUGCCUCCCGGCUGCCAAGACUCAACUACCUGCUGCUGUUUCUGCCUCCGUUGUUCCAUUGUUUUUUCAAGUAGAGCUCAAAUGCAGAUGCCAACAUCCACUUGCAACACAAAUGACAACUAGGGUUGCCCUCAUUUACUCCAAAGAUGCCAAAUAACCCUGCUGGUGAGGAGCUGUGCUACGAUUCCACUUUGUUUUAACAAGCCUUUACAUCAAGGUUACUGCACAUGGCGGAGCUUGAGCUAUUUGG